AUGGCCGAAUCAAAAUAUCACCCUGCCUUGACUAUUACCAACGUCAAGUCUCUUAUUCCAAUAACUUUAGAUGCCGACCAUGGGAUAUAUCACUCUUGGGCUGCCCUUUUCAAGGUCCUUGUUAGGGUUCAUGACCUCUCCCACCACAUCAUACCUCCUACGGAGGCAAAAGAACGAGCAGAAUAUGAAUCUUCUAAAGCAGCAGACCUCGCUUUUUGGAAGCGUUUGGAUGCUGCAGUGCUUAAUUGGAUAUACAACUCAAUCUCCCCUGCUCUUCUCACGACUAUUCUUCUCAAAGAUGACACGGCUUAA